GUGCAGUCACGUGGGCCGGCUGUACGCCUGCGCAGUACGGUGCCGGGAUCCGGAAAUGGGCCAUCUCGCUGGUGCGGCUGCGCCCGGCUGCGCGGACUGAGGAGAGCAGACCCUGUGGGGGACCCUAUGCAGCAGCACAUGAGAUGAGCAAAACCACACAGCCUAUAGGAGGACCCCCUACUGCCCCUUCCCCUGGACUCCCACAGUCAACAUACCCCUCUGCACCUACGGCCCCUGUGGUGUUCGGGCCUCCACAGACCCCACAAAUGAAUACACAAUCUCAACCUCGACAGGCAGGAUUCAGAUCAAUUCAGCAUUACUAUCCAAGCAGGACACAGCCUCCUAGCACCGCCACCAGGGUUCAGAGUGGCUCAACAGCCCGUGCAGUGCCUCCUGCCCAUGUGUACCCAGCUGGUUCUCAGGUGAUGAUGAUACCCUCACAAUUGCCCUAUCCGUCUCAGGGCUACUAUAUCCAAGGACAGUCUCCAUUGCAGGGUCGCUCCUAUGUGAUGCCCACACAACAGUACCAAGUGCAACCUGGCGCUCCUGGCUUUUUUCCUAGUGCCAGUCCCACAGAAUAUGGCACAUAUGCCGGAGCAUAUUACCCCGCUCAGCAGCAGUUUCCUCCUGGUGUGCCAGGUGCCCAAGUGAUGAUGAACCAGCAGCAAGCUAUUCCUCCAAAGAGAGAGCGGAAGACGGUAAGUAUAAGGAUUAGAGAUCCAAACCAAGGAGGAAAAGACGUUACGGAAGAAAUAUUGUCUGGAGGAAGAACAUCGUCAACACCAACACCACCUCAGUCUCUAGGUGGAGGUUCUGAAGUGCAGGCGAAUGGAGAGAGUGUCCAUGUGCCUAUCGUUGUAGUACGCCCAGAUGAUGGCUCUAAGCCCACCCAAGUGCUGACUAAGAUGUCUGAUAGCCCCUCGCCCUCUCCUCCUUCAGAAGUAGAUUUGAACAUGGCAGUUGCUUGCGAGCAAGACAUAACACUUGAUAACACUACACCUGAUGUAUCUGUACCUAUGCUAGGGACUCUUAUUUCACAGGAAGUGCCCUUGCUGGAAAACCCUUCAAUUCAGAUACCAAUGCUGCCAGAGGCUCCUACGGCCAUUCAAGAGGAACCAAUUCCGAUAGAAGUAAGCAUAGUAGAUACAACUGUAAAACAAGCAGAGUCUUUGUUAGAAGCUCCAGUUAUUGAACCCCAAGAGGAACCAUUCAUCCUUAUCCAGGCUGAUGGCUCUGAUUCACAGGAUAAUCCAUUGCCACUAGAGGAUUCACCUUUAGUGGUAGACUCUAACAUACAAGCUCUUUCAUCACAAAUUUUAUCUGAGCCAUGUCAUGAAGAACCAAUUGAGCCAGCUCCAGAAUCUGUACAAGAUCCGACUCCUGUUGAUAGUCAACUUACUACUAUAGAGCUUCAAACUAAUGGCCUCUCAGAAGAAGUAUGCGUGCCACCCGCACAUCCAGAGCAACCAGCUGUUUGCCAUCCGGAGCCCACCUUGGAUUCCCCAAUUGCCCAGCCAGAGGAACUUCUAACAAAUGGUGACAGAACCUCUGGAAUACAGGAACUGGAGGCACAGGACACCCAACAUGAGGCUCACGUCAGUCCCAUUGCUGAGCCAGAGGAACAGCCAUUACCAUCUGUUGAUCCUACACCAGAAGACGAGGAGGCCAGGAAGGAACCCCCUGCCGAAGCAGAUCCUGCUCCUUCACAAGUAUUAAAGCAAAACUUGGAAGUACAUGUGGCAGUUGCUGUAUCUGCACCUAAGAAAAAAAGAAAAAUAAAGGAUUUAAACAAGAAAGAAGCAGUGGGAGAUCUGUUAGAUGCUUUCAAAGAGGAUGGAGACUGUUCUACCGAAACAACAGAGUCUGUCGCUAACCCCCCUGCUCCAGUGCCUGAACCGGACAAAGUACCAAGUAUCCCACCAGAGGAGCAGGAUGAGACAUGGGAAGAGAAGGAAGACAAACUAGAUGCAGAAAAUAUUAAGCCAGGGGAUCAAAAGUACAAAUACAAAGAGGAGCAAUGGAAACCUCUGAACCCAGAGGAAAAGAAAAGCUAUGAUCGUGAAUUCUUACUUGGCUUUCAGUAUAUUGUGGCGAGCAUGCAAAAACCUGAGGGCCUCCCACAGAUUACGGACGUAGUGUUAGACAAGGCCAACAAAACCCCCCUUAGGCCCUUAGAUCCCACAAGAUUGACCGGUAUGAACUGUGGGCCAGAUUUCACACCAUCAUUUGCCAAUUUAGGACGACCUGCUAUGGGCAACCGUGGGCCGCCAGCAGGAAUGGGUCCUCGGCGUUCUCAACAGGGACCACGGAAGGAGCCACGAAAAAUCAUAGCUGCUGUGUCAUUAAAUGAAAAUGUGCAACUAAACAAAGCUGAUAAAGCCUGGAAACCUAUAAACAAGAGAUCAGCUGCAGUUGAGGAAGAGGAACCAGAAAACAUCAAGACACAGGAGUUGUUCCGCAGAGUGCGUAGUAUCCUCAACAAGCUAACCCCGCAGAUGUUCCAGCAACUGAUGAAGCAAGUCACAGACUUAGCCAUAGACACAGAGGAUCGGUUGAAGGGCGUCAUUGACCUGAUAUUUGAAAAGGCCAUCUCAGAGCCAAACUUCUCUGUUGCAUAUGCCAAUAUGUGCCGCUGCCUUAUGGGGCUUAAAGUCUCAACUACAGAAAAGCCGGGAGUGACAGUCAACUUCCGCAAGCUGCUAUUGAACCGCUGCCAGAAGGAGUUUGAAAAGGACAAAGAUGAUGAUGAGAUUUUCGAAAAGAAGCAGAAAGAGAUGGAUGCUGCUUCUACGCCAGAAGAAAAGUCACGCCUGAAUGACGAGCUUGUAGAAGCCAGGGAUAGUGCUAGGCGCAGGUCCCUCGGAAACAUUAAGUUCAUUGGAGAGCUUUUCAAAUUGAAAAUGCUGACCGAAGCCAUUAUGCAUGAUUGUGUAGUAAAGUUAUUAAAGAACCAUGACGAGGAGUCUUUGGAGUGUUUGUGCCGACUGCUGUCCACAAUUGGGAAGGACUUGGACUUUGAAAGGGCCAAGCCUCGAAUGGAUCAGUAUUUUAAUCAAAUGGACAAAAUAAUUAAAGAAAGAAAAACAUCCUCUCGUAUCCGCUUCAUGCUACAGGACCUCAUAGAUCUACGAUUGUGCAACUGGAUACCUCGUCGUGCAGAUGCAGGUCCUAAGACUAUAGAUCAAAUCCAUAAGGAGGCAGAGAUGGAAAAACAACGGGAACAGGUCAAGGUUCAACAGUUAAUGUCUAAACAAGACAAGAGACGAGAGCCACCAGGGCGUCCCACUGGUGGACGUGGUAGUCAACCAACGGACGAUGGUUGGAAUACUGUGCCCAUUAGCAAGGGAAGCCGUCCUAUUGACACCAGUAGGAUCACUAAAAUAACUAAGCUUGGUGCUAUAGAUUCUAACCAGCUGCUGGCACCUGGAGGCCGUUUGAGUUGGGGUAAAGGCAGCAGUGGAGGAACUGGAGCAAAGCCCGCUGAGUCAGCACCAGAGACUGGGCGGCCGGCCACCAGCACUCUUAAUAGGUUUUCUGCUCUGCAGCAAGCUGCGUCUUCAGAGAGUCAAGAUGCUAGACGAGCUGUGCAGAGAGGUAGCUCAAGUCGUGAACGCUCAGAGAAAGACAGAGGAGACCGCUUUGACAGAAGUGAAAGAUUUGACAAAGGGGAUCUUUUUGAGCGGUCUGACCGCUCAGAACGUGCUCGUGCUGUGCUUACAAAGAGGAGUUACAGCAAGGAGACAGAUGACCGCAGCAGAGAAAGAGAAGCUCUGAUUCCACAGGAAGCUGUGAGAAAAGUGGCAAGUAUGACUGAGCCAAGGGAUCACAGCAAAGAAAGCAUCAAGCGUGAGACCCCAACACCAGCUGCUCCUACAGCUGCGGUCUCAAACUCUUCUAUGUCUGAGGAAGAGUUAGAGAAGAAAUCUAGAUCAAUUAUUGAGGAGUACCUACACAUUAAUGAUAUGAAGGAAGCCCUGCAGUGCGUGCAGGAGCUCAAUAGCGCCACAAUGCUAUUCGUCUUCGUGCGGAAUGGCAUAGAGUCCACAUUGGAGAGGAGUACUAUUGCCCGCGAGCACAUGGGACUCCUUCUGUACACACUAGUCAAGAAUGGCACACUACCCAAGGAGCAGUAUUACAAAGGAGUUUUGGAAGUACUUGAGGUGGCUGAAGAUAUGGAGAUUGACAUCCCUCACAUCUGGCUAUAUUUGGCUGAGCUGAUCAGUCCUGUGUUGUUAGAGGAAGGGAUUCCCAUGGGAGAACUAUGCAGAGAGUUGACUAAGCCAUUGGUUCCAGGUGGAAAAGCUGGCAUCUUGCUAAUAGAGAUCUUAGGCUUGCAGUGUAAAGGAAUGUCUCACAAGAAAGCUGGUGCCCUCUGGCAAGAAUCUGGACUCAGCUGGAAAGAGUUCCUGUCAAAAGACCAGGAUGUGAACAAGUUUAUCAGUGAGAAUAAACUUGAGUACACACUGGGAGAGGAGACUGAGUCACCCAGUAAAAAGGACCUUUCCCCAGCAGAGCUGGACAAAGUGCUCACAAGACUCUUGAAAGAGAAUAGUAGUAACCAGCAGAUAUUUGACUGGAUUGAAGCCAGCUUAACCGACGUGCAGUUGUCAUCCAACACCUUUGUCCGAGCACUAAUGAGUUCUGUGUGCCACUCUGCCAUUAUCUUUGAGAAUCCUUAUAGAGUAGAUGUCAACGUGAUCCACACCAGAGCUAAGCUGCUUCAAAAAUACCUUAAUAAUGAGGCAAAGGAGCUACAGGCUCUAUAUGCUCUGCAGGCACUUGUUGUGAAACUUGACCAGCCCCCAAACCUUUUGAGGAUGUUCUUUGAUGCUCUGUACGAUGAAGAUGUGAUAAAAGAAGAACCAUUUUAUAAGUGGGAAUCAAGCAAGGACCCAGCAGAGCAACAAGGGAAAGGUGUCGCCCUGAAAUCUGUCACCGCUUUCUUUACAUGGCUGAGGGAAGCAGAAGACGAGUCUGAUAAUGAUCAUAAAGACUAGACAUUUGCCCAAAUGCUUGCUCUCGGUUUUCCUUGGGGCUUCCGGUUUUUUGUUUUUUCCCCUCCUCCCCCCGUUUCCUGAAUGACUUUGAAAAAAGAGAAAAACACAAAUCCUAAUGACUUUGCAUUUAUGAGAAAAUAUUGACUGAAUGAAGCCUGGCAUUGCGUGGUGAGAUUGUCUGGCGCAAAGGAAUUAAAGGGCAGAAAGUCUGAAGUUUGCAGGCUGUUAAUAAGAGGGAGCCUGGGACAUGGGCAGACUGCAAAGAUUGGUGGGGUUUUUUUGUUUUUUUUAAUGCAACAAUUUUUUGGGGGGGGUGUUUCACUUUAAUAAGAGUGCUUGAGGUAUUUUGGGACUGCUGAAGGGAAUGGCGGAGAGCCUGUGUCCUUCCUUCUCCCUCUACUCUCCAUCACACAGGUUGGGGCACAUGCAGACCUUUCACUCUUGCAGACAUGAUUUUUAAAAGAGCAGAUGGAGCCUCCAUGCUUCAGUGGGACGGAGCACUUGAGCUUCUGUUGCUCUUUAUGGCUGAAAUAUAGAUAUAUAAAUAUAUAUAUAUAAAUAUAUAUAUAAUUAUUACAAAUUGUUCUUGGUUUGAAGAUGGCAGCAAGCCUCCUUUGAAUCUUGUGUUCUGGUGUCAAGCUCACCCGGAGUUCAGGACACAGACAGGUUUAUCCUUUUUUUUUUUUUUUUUUUUUUUCCUUAAUUUUUUUUUUUUUUUUUUUUUAAUAAUCCGAUGAACUUCUUAUUGAUUUAAAAUAAUCCAACUUGGUGUUUGUUCGACUACCAACAGCUGAGAUUAUUGUGUUUUGUUGUUUUUUUUUUUCCUUUUUUAUUUUUUUUUUUUUUUUGUGGUUAUAAAUCUCCCUUCUCAACGGAGUUAGAAAAGAUUUUAUUUCUAUUCAGAUCACCAUGUGUUGGAAAGAGGCAUCUCUCAACCCUAGCAAAUUCUGUAUUUAUAGAGAAAGCAAAGCCUUUUGGUUAUUUGGCCUUCCAAAAUGUUUUGGAGGGUCUUGUAAUUAUAAAACAAACCAAGGAUGAAUGAAAUUUGUAAAUACUGUUUGCUUUCUUUAUUAAGUAUUUAAUGAUUCUGACAUACAAAUUUCCCCCAAACCUCUUUUCACAGAAACUGGAAAUAAAUAAGAACCUUA